UGCCCAGCGGGCAGUGGUCUCUGUGUUGCAGGGAGCAUAUUCGAGUGAUAUAGUUGUCCUUGUCACCGCGUUGACCGAAUCCAAUACUGGAGCAGUCUGUUUCUUGGGCUCUGCCUUUGGCUUGAUCCGCAGACCCGUGGAGAAGUCCACGGAGGGAAAAUUGGUCAACAUAUCGACGGAAGGGAAGUUGGCGAGCAUCUUAGCAGUGCUGCAGACUUGUCAACUUGCUAGUCAAUGACAGCCCAGACCGUCGCAGACAGCUGUUUGAAGGCUUAGUCAUCCAUCGUUCCUCUCACCUCGGACGCGAUGAGUCGCAAGGUUCUGAAGAGCGUCGCAUUUAUAUCGCCCCAGAACCAUCCCAUACUCAUCCGAACUUUCGAGAAGCAGGACGAAAACGCGCUCAAAUACCAUUAUAUUGCCCACACCAGCCUGGAUGUCAUAGAAGAGCGAGUGGCCGCGGGCGGCAAGUCAACGGAGUGUUAUCUGGGCCUCCUCUAUGCCAUGGAAGAUGUCGCUGUCUAUGGGUACAUUACACCUCUGAAAGUCAAGAUCGUUGUGUCGCUGGCGCUGUCAGAUUCGGUGGUCAGAGACUUGGAGAUGACAAUGAUAUUCAAAGCCCUGCACAUGGCAUACUACUCCGCGAUCUCAAGCCCGUUUCUCAAGUUGGAUGCGUCGGCUGAUGCCAACGACUAUUCUCCGUAUGCACUCGUCGGACGCGCGAAAAUGAAGAACUUCCGAAAUCGGAUAGACGAGAUCGGUCGAGUGGUCAGCAAUCCCUCGAGUCCAUGAGUUGAGAAUGAGGCCUGGUUUCCGCACUUGCUCCCCGUCUGACUUUGCGUGACGAUGUGGUGGACAAGAGCUCUCCGCCUCUGAGACAGAUACGAUGCGCACAUAGUUCCUGUCUUGUACAUAUUAUAUUCCCUGAAUAGCAUCCUCCAAUGCGGCCAGCGCCUCGAGAGCCUCUCUCGCCAUGACCCGCACAAUAUUGUCCACGUCGGUGCUAGUAAUGUAGCCUAACGUUGCUCUCAUGCGUCGAAGCAAUGCACCCGGAAAUUCAGGAUGUGUAGAAUCAUAUAACAGCCGAGUGGUCUCACGAAUCAGGAGAGCUAGAAAGUGUAAAGCUGCCCUGCGAAAGGCGGGAAGCUUUGUGUUGGUAGACGUUGGGUUCUGGUCUUCCGUUUCCUGAACAGCGGCAGCUGUGCUCUCCACUUGGAGCAGAUCCACCAUCGCCUCGGACAGAUCAGUCACAUAUUGGCUAGGGCCAACGGGCUGGUGCUUUCGCAAUCGCCCAAUAGGGCCAAGGCAGAGGUUCGGAGCGGAACGGGAACUUGAGGAGAUCUAACCAAUUGGAACAACGGUGGGACAAGGAUGUCCG